AUGUUAUACGGUGUUACAAAAGUUUUUUUAUAUGUAGAGUCUUUAAGAAUUAUUGAUUUAUUAAGAAAAGGUGUAUACAAUUUAAAAGUUAAAGUAUUUCAAGAGAAUGAAACAACCAAUAUUGCAAAACCAACAAUCAUUCAACAACCUAAAACCAAUAAAGACUAUAGUCACGUUAUAAAAGAACAUGAGGUUCUAAAUAAUAAUUGUUAUUCAUCUAAAAAGUUUUUCGUUCAAUAUAUAAACGAAUUCUUUUUAUUUGGAAAUUUUAUAUCAUUUGAAAUCGAAUUACCUUUAUAUAAUUAUUAUUCAAAUAACUUAAUUGUUGAUUUCGAAUUAAUUUAUUAUCCAGUAGAGGAUGAUUCAAGUGAGUCAAUACCAAACUAUAGCAAUAAUACAUCAUUUUAUUCGCAAUUAACUGAGACGCAACAAUCAACACCAACACCACUACCAACUGAAAAGGUAGUAUCACAACAAAGAAUUAGAAUUAAUAAAGCAGGUUAUGGUAUACAUCAAUAUAUUCCAAUCACUUUUAGCGAUUUAUACUUUUGUUUAUUUAAAAUGACAAUUUCAACCUCAUUAGUUGAUGUUAAAUUUAGACAUCAAUCAAUUGAAUCUUUAGUAAAUUAUAAUACUGAUAAUAAUAAUAAAUUUGAUUCAAAUGAUAAUGAUAAUGAUACUGAAAAUGAAAAUGAAAAUGAAAAUGAAAAUAAUAAUAAUAUUAGUAAUUCCCCUUCAUCUCCCUAUUUAAAUGGUGCUGAUAUUGUAAUAUCAAAAGAUACAACUAAUAACAAUAAUAAUAAUAUUAAAAAUGCAAAUAUCAAUUUCUCAUCAUCUUUUUCAGUAUUACCAUCUAUAAAUACAAAUACAACUACAACAACUACCACAUUAACUAGUAAUAAUAAUAAUAAUAAUAAUAAUAAUAAUAAUAAUAAUAAUAAUAAUAAUAAUAAUAAUAAUAAUAAUAAUAAUUUACCAAGUUAUUAUAAUAAUUCACCAAAAUUAUUAAGACAAAAAAUUGGUAGAUUAAGUUUAUCAAUGGGUCAAAUACAUUCAUCACCAUUGGAAGAGGAUUUUUUAAAUGAUUUCUUUGAUUAUAAAUAUCCAGAAGUAUUAUCAUUCUUUGUUGAAUCAUAUUAUAGAUUAAGUAAUAAAUAUAAAUUAUUAUUAAACCUCUUAAAACAAUCACAAUUUAAUGCAUUAGGUGAAUCAUUUACAACUGUACCACCUUUAAAUAUACCACCAUUUUCUAAAACUCCAUUAUUUAAUCAACAAAAUUAUAAUAAUAUUAAAAAUAAUAAUAAUAAUAAUGGUACAACACCACCAAAAAAACAAAGACCCCAAACUGUUUCCAUAAAUAAUAUUAAUAAUAAUGAUAGUGACAAUAAUAAUAAUAAUGGUGGUAAUACAUGGAAAAUGGGAUCAUCAUCAGAUUUAUUACCAGCAUUAAGAAAAAAAGCAUUUUUAAGAAAUAGUAUUGAAUUUGGUAACUCUACUGAAUUUAUAGAUAAUUUACAAUCAUCAAUGAGUUCAUCACCUUCAUCACCUCGAUCACCCUCUUCACCCUCUUCACCUUCAUCACCUUCAUCAUCAACAACCUCAUCACCAUCAACUUCUUAUUCAAAUUUAAAUACAAUAACAAAUAAUAAUAAUAAUAGUAAUAAUAAUAAUUUAAAUAAUUCACAAAAUAGUAUAAUAUUAAAAUGGAAGAAUAUUUUAAAUAAUUUUCAAAAUUUAUCAGAACAGUUGAGUAAAUUAUGGAAUAAUUAUGUUGUGGUAUUUCAAAUGGUAUCAAGAGAAUAUUGUUUUAGAGCAACAAUAAAUUAUGAAAAGAAAUGUAUUGAUAGAUGGGGUUAUAGAGUUCAAAGAAUUGUACAAUAUAUUCAAUCAACUGAUGAUAUUUUAACACCAGAUUCAAGUGUACCUUCAUCAACAUUUCUAUCAGCUAAUCCAACAUUUUUCAAUUAUAAACAAUUUAAAAUUCAACAUAUUCCAUUUAAACAUGAUUCAGUUUAUCAUUCAAUGCCAAUAUUUUUUGAACAUAUUUUAAAAAUUCAUAAAGAUACUUAUCCAAAUAUAACUGAAUCAUCAUUAACAAAUAAUAAUAAUACUACAAAUUCUACAACAACAACAACAACAUCAAAAGUAAAAGAUGAAUUAAAUUCAAUAACUGAAAAUAUUAAAUUUAAUUUAUCAAAUUCAAAUCAAUAUUCAAGUAAACAUUUAUUUGUAUUUGUACAUGGUUUAUCUGGUAGUUCAUUUGAUUUGAGACAAUUUAAGAACUAUUUUCAAUUACAUUUUCCAAAUUUUUUAUUUUUAAUGUGUUCAUCAAUUGAGGAGAAUACAUUGGAAGAUAUUGAACAAAUGGGUGAAAAGAUAGCUCAAGAGUUGCAUGAAUAUUUACGUGAUAAUAAUUUACUGAUGUCAAUUGGUAAGAUUAGUUUUCUGUGUCAUUCAUUGGGUGGUUUGGUGGUUAGAAGUGCUUUAACCUGUAAAUCAUUAUCCCAACAUUUACAUAAACUACAUAGUUAUAUCUCAUUAUCAACUCCACAUCUUGGUACUAAAUUCUUGAGUGGUCCUUCAAUUGUGACACCUGCACUUUGGGUUUGGCAAAAGUUUACAAGUUCAACAUGUUUAAAACAAUUGUUAAUGCAAGAUGCUCCAAAUUUACAAGAUUGUUAUCUCUAUAAGCUAAGUACUUGUGAAUCACUAUCUCUAUUUCAAUAUGUAUUUUUAAUUAGUUCUGAACAAGAUGGUUAUGUACCUUAUCAUAGUGCAAGAAUUGAAGUUCCAAAAGAUUCAAAAGAAAAUAGUAAACAUAUUCAAGUAUUAAGAAAAAUGGUUCAAAAUUUAUUAGAUCCAAUUAGAUUAAGUAGUGGUUCUAUUCAGUCAAAUCAACAAUCUGAUAAUAACAAUAAUAUAUUUAAUGGUUGUGGUAGUUCAAGUUUAACAAAUAGAGAUCAACAAAUUAAAUCCCUACCUCGUUUCACUAAAAUUAAUGUUUUAUUUGAAGCUCAUAAAGGUGUUGAUGGUGUAAUUGGUAGAUCUGCUCAUAUUAGAAUGUUAGAUCAAACUUGGUUUAUGCAAAUGAUUAUACAAUUAUAUAAACAAUCAUUUGAAAAUUAA